GGUGCUCGGUCGUCAUCAUCAGUCUGUUGCAAGAUGGCUGUCUGAGUGCGGACACUGAGAUGGGCCGCUUGUUUUGGUUGGAAACGCAGUAGGACAGCCUGGAUGGAGCCGCGUCUGGUGUGAUCGGCGCCCGCGAAACGUGGUGCGAGCGGCGCAGCGUCGAGUGAGUGCCUUUGGCGGUGCCGGCGGCGCCCCGCGGCGCCUCGUCGCGAGCAGUUUGACACACGUCGCGAAAUAUGCGCGAGUUCAAGGUGGUGGUGCUGGGCUCGGGCGGGGUUGGCAAGAGCGCCCUGACCGUGCAGUUCGUGUCCGGCUGCUUCAUGGAGAAGUACGACCCGACCAUCGAGGACUUUUACCGCAAGGAGAUCGAGGUGGACAGCUCGCCGUGCGUGCUCGAGAUCCUGGACACGGCGGGCACCGAGCAGUUCGCCAGCAUGCGCGACCUGUACAUCAAGAACGGCCAGGGCUUCGUGGUCGUGUACAGCCUGACCAACCACCAGACGUUCCAGGACAUCAAGCCCAUGAAGGAGCUCAUCACCAGGGUCAAGAACUCGGAGCGCGUGCCCAUCCUGCUGGUGGCCAACAAGCUCGACCUCGAGCACCAGCGCGAGGUGUCCACCAUCGAGGGCAUGGCCCUGGCGCAGACCUGGACCUGCCCCUUCCUCGAAGCCAGUGCCAAAAGCAGGACCAACGUGAACGAGGUGUUCGCCGAGGUCGUCCGCGAGAUGAACUACAACCCUGAGAAGGAGAAGAAGUCCUACUGCUGCUGUACAGUGCUGUAGUCUCAAGUGUUCAGUGGCGAGAUUUUCUUUUUUAAUUUGGAAAAUGAAAAACAAACAAUGUACGACGCACUCCAUGUGAUAUUUCCGACUAAUCAGUGCAGGCCGAGGACCGUAAUAGUUUCUUCUAAUUUUUAUCAUUAUUAUUAUUAUUGAAAAAUUCUCCUUUCUUCACCGAUUCAAUGUUCCUCUCUCGCUCUGUUUGUCUCUGACCCGUGGAUUUUCACUUUCUAAAGGCGACCUUCCUUACCUUGGCGGCUGACGUCACGCGAAAUGAGCCGCCCCAGGCCGUUUGUGAAAUGAAUCACCGCCGGAUGUUGCAAGAAACGAAUUUGGAAUCACUUCCUGCUGUGAGUUUUCGUUUUAGAUCAAUUUUAGCAAAUUUUUUAGAUCACUUUAUCGGGACCACCGAUCCGAUUUUUUAUUAUUAUUAUUUGCUUCUUUCGAGCAACGAAAACCCCCAUUUUUGUUCUCUUUUCUCAAAACUUGUCGCCCUAGAGCCAGUCACGUUCUGUGGUCGCUGCGCAAAACAACUUUAUCUUAUCGGUCAGACCGCAGCCGAGCUGAUAGUGUAAAUUAUUCUCCCCAGCUGAGAACGAUUUCCCUAUGCCGCUUUUAAAAAUAUUAAAUGAACCGUAUCAUAAUUAUUAUUGUCUGAUUGAAAGAGAGAGAAAAAAUAAUUCACGCAUUAACAAGAAAGUAUUUGUAUUUUUGGAAUUUGCGAAAAAUAAAUCUUGUUCCCAGAGAAAAAGAGAAUUGUGUAUACCCGUUUUUGAACUUUCCCACGAUGCUUGCUUCGUAGUAGUCGAAAUUGAAAAAUGUAAGCAAAUUUUAUAUAUCAACAUGCAACACAAUAACUAGAAGUGCUGAAACGUACUUUGCCAUGUUGUAAUGGUUAAUUAAUCUGUGUAUAGAAGACCGGAAGAUUUUAUUUAUUACAAUGAUUAAGUGCUUUUCAUUAUAUUUCCGCGCACUUUUUAUUCACUAGUUGUCAUUUCGUGCUGUCUGCCGAUAGAAAAAUUUUGAAAUGCAUAUCAAAUUCUGUAAUUUCGAUUUGCAAAAAUUCUUGUAAACUCUCCUCCGCCAUUCUCUGCACGUGGAACAUUUUAUCAUUUUUUGUAUAAAGAGCAGUGCAAGUAUGUUUUCAUGUAUAGUUUUUAAUGUACAGAUGAUGAAAAACGAUGAAUAUGUUUUAAUACAUGGUUUAUAAAAAAUA